GUACUAAAUAAGAAACUCCGGGAAACAAAUAGGUAGUGGGGCUGGCGACCUACUCGCCUGUUCGCGGUCUUCUUUAUCCAUUUUUUAAUUCAUUUUUCAUUUAUCAGCACUCUUUGCUUGCUAACGGCAAAUGAAUGCAGAACAGAACAGAGAACAGGGAGUAGUUAAUUGGCCAACUACUAUUACAACUAAUAGCGACGCCCCUUCUUCUCACAUUUGAUUAUCCAUCUUUCUUUUAUCCUUACAUCACUUUCUCUUCGUUUAUGCACGUUACAAGUUUGCUGAAAUGCUUCAUCCAAGUUUCGUAUCUGCUGAGGUAUGCAGCCCGAGGAAGGCUUGAGACCAACGAAAGGAAUUGCGGGAAUACCAGCGCCAGAAUUUUAGCAUCACUUAAUUAGCAGCUCGAUAUAUGUGCUUUGCAUAGUUUCCUAGGAAGAUUUGAGCUCACAAUACUGCUCAAUAACAGAAAAGUCGGGCCAAGUUUUGUUUUUUUUCGUGGCUGAAAGUUCAUGGUUUUGCACCGACACUUGAAGAAGGAGAAGGUAUCUAUUAGGGCUACUUGAGAGGAAAGAAAGGAAUUGUGGGAUGGGCAGUUUUAUGGUUUUAGGAUCUAUUGACUUCUCAAUAUGGUUUUAGGUUUUCUUGCUCUGUUUGUUUCUCUUAAUCCUUAAGUUACAUGCUGCUGCUCUCUCAGUGAAGUCCUGUAACGUUUGUAUCUUACUUAAUUGUAAUUACUUUUGCGUCUAAAGGGAGUUAAAUCACAGUUUCUGUUAUGCUCCUUUGAAUCAAACUAGUCUGGUUUUUUGAAGGAGACUAGAGGGUAAAGAUGACAGAUGGUGGGAAAAUGUGGUGUUUCCCGUAUACAUUUUCGUGCUUUCCAAGUCAAUUUGGAGCGGAGCAUGACCGCAUUGGGAAGAAGGGUUACUCUAGGAUUGUUCAUUGUAAUGAUCCUGAUAACACAGAACAUUUGCAGCACAGAGAUAAUUAUGUCCAGACUACAAAGUAUACAGCAGUUAAUUUUAUCCCCAAGUCCUUAUUUGAGCAAUUCAGGAGGGUUGCAAAUAUAUACUUCCUUGUAGUGGCUUUCGUCUCAUUUAGCCCGUUGGCCCCUUAUACAGCUAGUAGUGUUCUGUUUCCUCUGAUGGUGGUCAUUGGUGCAACAAUGGCCAAAGAAGGCGUGGAAGACUGGAAACGCAGAAGUCAGGACGUAGAAGCUAACAACAGGAAGGUCUUAGUGUGUACCAGUAACCACGGGUUUGAAGAAAGUGUAUGGAAGAAGAUACAAGUUGGCCAGCUUGUUAAGGUUAAAAAGGAUGAAUACUUUCCAGCGGAUCUUCUCUUGAUUUCAUCGAACUAUGAAGAUGGAAUUUGCUAUGUUGAAACAGCAAAUCUUGAUGGGGAGACUAAUCUGAAGGUGAAACAUGCUUUGAGCGAAACAGCUUCCAUUCAAGACUUUCAGAAUUUUAAAGCAAGGAUCCAGUGUGAGGACCCUAAUGAAGACCUUUAUUCAUUUGUUGGCACUCUCUAUUAUGACAAUCAGCAACCACGACCACUUUCAGUCCAUCAAUUGCUUCUGAGAGGUUCUAAAUUAAAGAAUACUGAUUAUAUCUAUGGAGUGGCUGUUUUUGCCGGUCAUGACACAAAAGUCAUGCAGAAUGCUAGAGACCCGCCUUCUAAGAGGAGUGCAAUUGAGAAAAGAAUGGACAAAAUAAUCUACGUCCUCUUUGGUACAUUGAUUAUGAUAGCUUCCGUUGGGUCCAUCUUCUUUGGACUGUGGACUAAAAACGACAUAGGCAAUCAGGGGUACAAGAGGUGGUAUCUAGAACCAGACAAAGCAACUGUCUUUUAUGAUCCAAAAAGAGCUUCACUUGCUGCAUUUCUUCACUUCCUGACAGCCCUUAUGCUGUAUGGAUAUUUAAUUCCAAUUUCAUUAUAUGUUUCUAUUGAAAUCGUAAAGGUUUUACAAAGUGUCUUCAUCAAUCAAGACCAGCAUAUGUAUUACAGGGAAACAAAUAAGCCUGCACAUGCCCGAACGUCUAAUUUGAAUGAGGAACUUGGACAGGUUGAAACAAUACUCUCUGACAAAACAGGCACUUUAACAUGCAACUCUAUGGAAUUUGUCAAGUGUUCAAUAGCAGGAGUUUCUUAUGGCCGGGUUGUGACUGAAGUGGAGAGAGCCAUGGCGAAGAGAAAAGGAAGUUUUCAACCCGAACACACCAGUACUGAUGUUGAUCCAUUAGAGCCAAACUCUCAUAACUUUGACUCUGGAAAAUCAAUUAAAGGCUUCAAUUUCCAAGAUGAACGCAUAAUGAAAGGUCAAUGGGCUAAAGAACCUCAUGCAGAUACGAUACACAAAUUCUUUAGUGUGUUGGCUAUUUGUCACACUGUCAUCCCUGAUUUGAAAACACCAGGUCAUAUAUCUUAUGAAGCAGAGUCACCCGAUGAAGCUGCUUUUGUUGUUGCAGCUAAAGAGCUCGGGUUUGAGUUCUUUAGAAGAACACAAACUACUGUUUGGUUGCAUGAAUGGGAUCGAGAAGGUUCCAGACAGAUUGACAGAUCAUACCAGGUCCUUCACCUCCUGGAGUUCAACCCUGCGAGAAAGAGAAUGUCUGUGAUUAUAAGCACUCCUGAAAAUAAAUUUUUACUCUUGUGCAAGGGUGCAGACAGCGUGAUGUUUAAAAAGCUUUCAAAAGAUGGACGGAUUUUUGAGGAUAAAACUAGGGAACAUAUCGAGCAGUACGCCAAUGCAGGACUGCGAACAUUAGUCAUUGCAUACCGUGAGCUUGGUGUAGAAGAACUCAAAUCAUGGGAAGAAGAGUUAUUAAGUGCUCAGGUAUCUUCAGAUGAUAGAGAAGCUUUAGUAGCUGCUGCUGCUGAUAAAAUUGAGAGGGACCUAAUUCUUCUUGGAGCCACAGCCAUUGAGGAUAAACUUCAAAAAGGGGUCCCUGAAUGCAUCAACAAGCUCACAUCUGCUGGGAUAAAGAUAUGGGUCUUAACUGGUGAUAAGAUGGAGACUGCAAUCAAUAUUGGGUAUGCUUGCAGUUUACUAAGGCCAGGCAUGAAGCUGAUUAUUAUUACUCUGGAUUCUCCACAAAAAAGUACUUUGGAAAGUCAAGGAGAAAAGGACGCUGAGGAUUUAAGAAGGGUAACAACGCAAGUAAAUGACGGAAUGAGUCGAAUUGAAUCAAGUACGGAAUUGGUUGGUUUAAUUAUAGAUGGAACUGCACUAUCUUUUGCUCUCAGAGAGUGUAUGAAGAAGCUAUUUUUGGACCUUGCAUUGAAAUGUGCAUCUGUUAUAUGCUGUCGCUCUACACCUAAACAAAAAGCUCUUGUAACAGCAUUGGUGAAAGGAAGUGGUGGAAAGACACUGGCAAUUGGUGAUGGGGCUAAUGACGUCAGCAUGCUUCAAGAGGCUGAUGUUGGGGUUGGAAUAAGUGGGGUUGAGGGGAUGCAGGCUGUCAUGGCCAGUGACUAUGCAAUAGCUCAAUUCUGUUUUCUAGAACGGCUGUUGUUGGUUCACGGCCACUGGUGUUAUCGCAGAAUAUCUAUGAUGAUAUGUUACUUCUUUUAUAAGAAUAUCACAUUUGGGUUCACCCUUUUCUUGUUUGAGGCAUUUACUUCUUUCUCUGGACGGGCUGCUUACAAUGAUUGGUAUAUGUCAUUAUAUAAUGUAUUCUUCACUUCACUUCCCGUGAUUGCUAUCGGUGUUUUUGACCAAGAUUUGUCUGAUCGUCUUUGUCUUGAGCAUCCUAUGGUCUACAAGGAGGGAAACCAGAACAUGCUCUUUAAAUGGUCCCGCAUCCUAGGGUGGAUGUUAAAUGGAGUUCUAUGUGCUAUGAUCAUCUUCUACCUCACAACUAACUCCAUCGUACAUCAAGCAUUUCGGCUCGAUGGUCAACCUGUUGACUACGAAGUCCUUGGGGUGAUGAUAUAUUCCUGUGUGGUGUGGACUGUCAAUUGUCAAAUGGCACUUUGUAUUAACUACUUUACAUGGAUCCAACACAUCUUCAUAUGGGGAAGCAUAGCUAUCUGGUAUUUGUUUUUGGUCUUCUAUGGUGCUUUGCCACCCGACAUAUCUAACACAGCAUAUCGGGUUUUUGUGGAAGCUUGCGCCCCGAGUCCCUUCUAUUGGUUCCUCACGCUUCUUGUUGUCAUAUCUGCUCUGCUACCUUAUUUUUCUUACAGGGUUUUCCAGUCCAUCUUCCGGCCUAUGCCUCACGAUUUCGUUCAAUACUUGGAACGUAAAAGGAGGUCCAGGAAACUAGGUGCCGAGGACUCAAGAAGUAACUAGCCUGAUUUUUUAUGUUACUUUUAUAUUCAUAUACACGGAGGCAUUUGCCAUACAAAUCAGUUUCUCUUUUUGCGCUCUAAUCAUUCAAAAGUUUGUGUGUACAUAUAUUGUAUAGUAUGGAAGUAAUACGCAUAUUGAUGGCAAUUCAAAAUCACGUUCCCAAUCGC